AUGUAUCGCAAGCAAUCGCUUGACUCGUGGUCGUCAUCUACAGGCCGAGGCAGUCCCAAGCGCACUUCAGAAGCAAGUGGGGAGGUAGUUCUGUUCAACGACGCGAAAGCUUAUGGGAUCAUCAAGGCAGACACUGGCGACUCGGAGGCAUUCUUUUCAACCACGGGUCUAGCCGACGGCUACGGCACAAUGGCGGUGGGCGACAAGGUUUGCUACAUCGAGGAUCACGAGAUGAUAGAGGGGGGGCGGCUAUGCCCAAACCUCGUUAGUGACUCGCUGAGCAUCACGUUGAGUAUCGACUCGGUGUUUCGCAACGGAUCCCCGGAUAAGGCCCGGCUGCUCUACUAUCAGCAGGCCGCGAAGGACGCCCAGGAUUCUCAGGAAGAGACGAGGGACAUCGAGGGUGAUGAAGUCCUCACCGUCCUCACCUCAAGAUCUUCAGACCACAACCCCUUGAAGAUUGUGGCAAUGAUCGCUCUUCUGGCGAUGGUGGUGGGCAUGGCAGGCUUGGCAGGUCGGAAGAUGCUGAACUACAAUGGGCCGGACGCGCGGGAACCAGUGUGGCUGCAGCUUGCUGCGCACAGGAAGAAUGUCACGAAGCACGCCUCAGCCUCAGCCAAUAUCGCAAGCACCAAGAUCACCAAGACUUGCCACUCCGCAGUCGCUGGUGAAGCGUGCUAUGGUGCCGUCUUGUGGCACAAGUGGAUCGGAACCAUUGAGAAUCCCGGUGCCUACCCCAAGGGUGUUUGGAGGGGUUCCAAUCGCACAGUUAUCCAGCAUUACCUGCACGAGACUAAUCAAUCCGACUGUCCCAGGCCUUGCGAGAACGAGCCAUACCCACUCCCACCACCCGCUCCGAAAGGAUCGCCAUCAAUUUAUUGCUUCUCCGUGGCCCGCCCUGGGCCAGAGAUGGAUACCAUGCACCUGCAGAGGCAGACCGGAAGCGGUAUCUUUGCCUGUGACGGCUUCGGGGUUUACAGCGAUGUGGACGUGGACAUCCAGGGGCUCAGGACCAUCCCCAUCGGCUCAACGGCAUCCGGGGUCUCUGUCGACAAUACCGCCGCGAACUCCCAGGUCUUCAUGAGAACGUGGCUGACUUUGCUGAACAACGACGACUGGUGGCACUACGACUUCAUCGCCAAGGUCGACCCGGAUGCAAUCCUCUUCCCGGAGCGGGUCCGGCCACACCUGUCCUGGCACGUUGGCGCGCCAGUCUUCUUCCUCAACUGUGGGAAAUGGAAGCCGGCGAUGUACGGGGCUCUGGAGGUGUUUUCCAAGCAAGCCCUCGGCAAAUAUCUCGCACAGCAUUGGAGCUGUGAGAAAACCUUGCCGUUCUGGUCCUGGGGGGAAGACAAGUACAUGGCCGGAUGCUUGGAGAUGUUGGGAGUUCAGGCCCUGCAAGACUACGGAAACUUCUUGCAUGACGAACGUUGCUGGGGCGUAGAUUGUGGCAACAAGGCCGCUGUGGCGUUCCACUCGUUCAAAGCCGUGAACAGUUGGUACCGCUUGUUUACGAGCCUUCGGCGGAGGAAGAUGGCGAGCCAUAGCAAGGUUGUCCGGCUUCUGACGCGCAUGGACGAGGAUGAGGAGCUGCCGCGAGUGCAGCUCGUGGGCAAGGCCGAGGCCUUCGGUGCCCGAGUGCCACUUUGCAUUGCAGCAUCUCAGCGUGGAGGUCGAGGUGUUUUCGCGGGAGCUCCUAUCGCUGCAGGGGAGACUGUCGAAGUGUGCCCUGUCUUGGCCCUUCGACGUGAUCACAUUGAUGCAGACUGCGCCGGAAUGCGCUACUUUUUCAGUGGUGCAGAUGGAGACGUUCUUCUUUGUGUGCUGGGCUUCGGCAUGCUGUACAAUCAUGCCAAGCUGUUGGCUCAAGCAUCUGGAAAGAAGUGUGAGGGCACGGCAAAUCUGAGCUAUGCUCUGCGCACGCCGCCCGAAGAUGCCCGCGAUGACGGUGAUGCAGGUGUUUGUGUACACUUUGCAGCAGCCAGGGCCAUAAAGGAGGGCGAGGAGUUGCUCAUUGACUACUCCGAGCGUUGGUGGGAAGCCAAAGGCGAAACGCCUUCUUAA